AUGGCAAAUCCGAUAAUAGUAGCAGCAGCUGUGGUCGCUCUAGUCUAUUGGCUUUACAAACAGGCCACGGAAAGGCCGAAGAAUUUUCCACCAGGUCCUCCACGAUUGCCAAUAUGGGGAAGCUAUUGGCUAAUUUUAUUAGCAAAUUACAAAUUCCUGCACAUAGCGUUUAUGAAAAUAGCAAAAUUGUACAAAUCGAAGAUAAUUGGAUUUUAUGCCGGAGCCUUUCCGGGAGUGAUAGUUCAAGAUUAUGAGACCGUCAAAGAAGUAUUGAACAGGAGGGAAUUCGACGCCCGGAUGGACAUAAUUAUAGCCAGGAUGAGAGACCCCAGCCACAAUACAAGAGGCAUAUUUUUCACUGAUGGUCAAUUUUGGCACGAGCAGCGACGUUUUGCUUUGCGUUACAUGAGAGAUUUCGGAUUUGGGAGAAGGUGUCCAACAUUAGAAGCCAUGAUUAACGAGGAACUGAACGAUCUGAUUAAUUUAUUAAAGAAUGGACCCAUAGAAAAAGAUGAGGAUACAGUUUGCAAAAAUGGAUUAGUUUUAAUGCCGGAUAUAUUCUUUGUGGCGUUCAUGAAUUCUUUCAUGGCAGUAUUUUCGCGUGAAAGAUGGCCCAGAAGCAAACAUCAUGAAUUGAUUCGAGUAGCCAGAGGCGCAAUGAUCUUCCAAAGAGCAGGAGAUGACAUGGGCCGUGCGCUCUCUCAGACUCCUUGGUUAAGACAUUUAUUACCAAAUUUUUCAGGAUAUAAUGAAUUAAAAGAUGGUCAUGAAUUUAUAUAUGAUUUCAUGAAGCAAUGUGUGCAGAACGUGGUGGACACACAUCAGGACGGCGAUGAAAGAAACUUCGUUGAUAUAUAUUUGAAUGAAAUGCAUAAAAGGCAGCAGGAUCCAACGAUUGCAGAAAAAGACGGCAUCUCAUUUUCAAUUGAUCAGCUUAUAUUAGUAGGAGUCGAUUUUCUAUUUCCUACAACCACAGCUAUUGGUGCUCAAUUAUCAUAUUUAUUUUUCCAUCUGAUGUACAGACCAGAUGUCCAAGAAAAAAUUCAGGAGGAAAUUGAGAGGGUCGUCGGAAGGGGCAGGCUGCCAAAUUUGGAUGACAGGCCACAUAUGCCAUAUACUGAGUCUUGUUUACGUGAAGUGCUGAGAUUGGAAACUUUGGUUCCCUUAAAUUUACCACAUCGUUGUCAAACUGACACCACCUUGAACGGAUACGACAUACCUAAAAAUACAAUGGUUUUAACAAAUCUCUGGAAUAUGCACAGAGAUCCUGAACUUUGGGGAGACGGUGAAGCGUUUAGACCAGAAAGAUUUUUAGACUCCAGAGGAAUGCUGAAGAAGAAGGAUAUUACCAUGCCAUUUGGUGCAGGGAAAAGGCUAUGCGCUGGCGAAACAUUUGCCCGUCAAGGCCUAUUUCUUAUGUUUGCCUGUCUCAUUCAGAACUUUACGUUUUCACCUGCACCCGGAAAGCCCAAACCACCACCUCACGGAGAACUAUCAGGAUUCAUAUUGACACCAAAGGAUGUAUGGAUAAAAUACGAAGCAAGAUAA